UGCUUAGAGGUGUUUCUCCACGAUAAAAACUCUACUUUGUAAUAUUAUUUAAUUAAUUGUUGUCUUCAUUUAGACAGUCCCUUCACGUACUGACAACCGACAACUAACGGAGAAAGGGAGACACACUCGUGACGAGCACCUUAUCCCUCAGUGCUUUUUUUACUUUGUGGACAAUCACGAUUCUCUGUCCCAUUUUGCUGUUCCACUUACUGUUUCCAUUGGCAUGUCUAUCAUGAGCUCUGUGUAUAUUAAGGGUUCUUGCCUAUCCAUUUAGGAAGACUGGUGGUAGUCUGUUUACAGCCUCUUCUUCUGAAUUCGACCUCCAUAUGUCUUUGCUUCGAGCUUGUGGUAACUGAAAAUAUAUGGUGAGUGGUUAGUCUUGUCAUUCAUUGCAACCAUGAACCUGGUUCUGCUUCUGUCAACUUUCAGUCUCUUUAUUGGAGUGCUUUCAGAAGAGGGUUUGAAUCCUGGUAUUAUGAAUGUUGGAGCUAUAUUCUCAUUCAACACCAUUAAUGGGAAAGUUGCAAAGGUUGCAAUGAAGGCUGCCGAGGAUGAUAUUAACUCCGAUCCAAGUGUUCUUGGUGGAAGGAAAUUGUCUAUACAACUACAUGAUUCUAACUUCAGCUCAUUUCUAGGCAUUAUUGGAGCACUGCAGUUUAUGGAGACAGAUACCGUAGCAAUAAUUGGUCCACAAAGUUCGGAGAUGGCCCAUGUUCUAUCAAAUCUUGCAAAUGAACUCCAGGUUCCGCUAUUGUCAUUCACGGCUUUAGAUCCGAGCCUGAGCCCUCUGCAAUACCCUUUUUUUGUUCAAACAGCACCUAAUGAUGAAUUCCAGAUGACUGCCAUUGCUGAGAUGGUUAGCUAUUUCAGUUGGAGUGAAGUGGUUGCUAUUUUCAGUGAUGAUGAUCAGAGCAGAAACGGUAUAAUCACACUAGGCGAUAAACUUGCUGAAAGACGUUGCAGAAUUUCUUAUAAAGCUGCGCUUCCUCCGGACCCAACGGCCAAAAGAGUUGACGUUUUGAGAGAAUUAGAUAAGAUUCAAAUGAUGGAAUCUCGAAUUAUUGUUCUGCACUCUUUCUCGAGAACAGGUCUCCUGGUCUUUGAAGCGGCCAAGAGCCUUGGAAUGAUGGGAAAAGGAUAUGUUUGGAUAGCUUCUACUUGGCUGUCCACUGUUCUAGAUUCCUUUUCCCCACUUAAACCGGAGAUAGCAAACUCAAUCCAGGGAGCACUUACACUUCGCCCUCAUACACCUGAUUCGAAAAGGAAAAGAAAUUUUAUGUCACGUUGGAACCAGCUGAGUAACGGUUCUAUUGGGUUUAACCCUUAUGGUCUAUAUGCCUAUGACACUGUUUGGAUGAUUGCUCGUGCAUUAAGGUUGUUACUGGACCAGGGGGGCAAAAUUUCAUUUUCCAACGAUUCAAGAUUAGAUGGUAUUAGUGGGAGCACUCUAAAUCUUUCUGCAUUGAAUACAUUUGAUGGAGGGAAGCUGUUGCUUUCGAAGAUAUUGGAGACAAAUAUGACUGGUCUGACGGGCCAUGUCCAGUUUAAUCAAGACAGAUCCCUGAUAAAUCCUUCUUAUGACAUUGUUAAUGUGGUUGGAAAUGGGCAACGACUGGUUGGAUACUGGUCUAACCACACUGGUUUGUCCAUUGUGCCACCAGAGACACUUUAUUCGGAAAAGCCUAAUCGGUCAAGUUCAAACCAACAUUUAGACAAGGUGGUAUGGCCUGGAGGAGAAACAGCAAGACCUCGAGGGUGGGUUUUUCCUAACAAUGGAAGAGAAUUAAGAAUCGGAAUUCCAAGGCGAGUUAGUUACCGAGACUUUGUCUUGUUAGUCAAUGGCACGGAUAAGGUGCAAGGAUAUUGCAUAGACGUUUUCCUUGCUGCAAUUAAAUUGCUGCCAUAUGCUUUUCCAUACAGGUUUAUCCCAUUUGGAGAUGGCCAUAAGAAUCCAAGCUAUUAUGAGCUUGUCAAUAAAAUUAAGUCCGGAGUCUUUGAUGGCGUGGUGGGUGAUAUUGCCAUUGUGACAAACCGAACAAGAAUAGUUGAUUUCUCUCUGCCAUAUAUAGAAUCAGGGCUGGUUGUGGUAGCUCCAGUGAAAAAGAUAAGUUCGAGUGCUUGGUCCUUCGCACGGCCAUUUACUCCAUUGAUGUGGGCAGUCACAGCUGCAUUUUUCCUCAUUGUGGGAUCAGUUGUGUGGAUACUUGAGCAUAGAAGAAAUGAUGAAUUCCGGGGCCCUCCAAAGCAGCAAUUUAUCACAAUUUUGUGGUUCAGCUUCUCUACAAUGUUUUUUUCACAUAGUAAGUUCUUUCCAUUUUGGCAAUGUCAGUUGCUUUUACCAAAUAGUUUAGUACUCAGAAUCACCCAUCAUACCAACUCCGGAUAUUUUCAACUUUUUUCAGGAGAAAACACAGUGAGCACACUUGGACGCCUAGUACUGAUUAUCUGGCUUUUUGUGGUUUUGAUCAUCAACUCAAGCUAUACUGCAAGCCUGACAUCAUUCCUCACAGUGCAACAGUUAUCAUCACCCAUCAAAGGGAUUGAUACCUUAAUUGGUAGCAAUGAACGAAUAGGCUUCCAGGUAGGAUCUUUUGCUGAAGGCUAUCUGAUGGAGGAACUCAAUAUUCCAAAAUCUAGACUCGUUCCACUUGGAUCACCAGAAGAGUAUGCCCUUGCCCUUGAGAGGAGAAAUGUAGCUGCAGUAAUCGAUGAGCGACCAUAUGUGGACCUCUUCCUCUCAGAACACUGUGAAUUCUCUGUUAGAGGCCAGGAGUUUACGAAAAGCGGAUGGGGAUUUGCAUUUCCUAGAGACUCGCCAUUGGCCAUUGACAUGUCUACUGCCAUUCUUUCUCUAUCUGAGAAUGGCGAGCUUCAGAAGAUUCACGACAGAUGGCUGUCAAAAAGUGCUUGUAGUUCCGAGAAUAGUGAGGAUGAUAUUGAACAGCUCGACUUAAAAAGCUUCUGGGGGCUAUUUGUUAUAUGUGGAAUUGCAUGUAUGCUUGCUCUCCUUGUGUACUUCUGGUUGAUGUUCCGCAAAUUCAGCCGGCUGCCUCCCGAGGAACUUGAUACUACUAGUCCUAGUACCUCCCGUUCCACUCGUCUUCAAACAUUUUUGUCAUUUGUUGAUGAGAAGGUAGAGAAACCAAAAAGCAGCUCAAAAAGAAAACGCGAGAGUAUGUCUCGAAAUGGAUAUCAUAUAAAUGAUGAAUCGCCCCAUAGGUCUGGGAGGAUGUACAGGAACAUGUCCCAGAAUGGUGAUAGUUGGCUUACUCAAUAAUUUGGUCAGUUCUAACUGUAUACUUCUCUCACAUUUCAUUUCAUCCUCAGGUUGAAAAAGAAUCGGCUUUUGGGUCGAUUCCCCCCCCCCCCCAACUCUCUCCCUUUUCUCUUCCCUACCAGUUCUCCUGUAUUUUCUGGUGAAUCCAACCGUCUAUACAGAGGCAUUAGCUUAAAAAUGUAGCAUAUGUGAGUAUUAUUCUUAAGAAACAGUGCAAAACCUAUGUUUCUAAACUACAGCAUAUAGAAUAGAUUACUGCACUUCUUUCUUCAAA